GUUGUCUUUCUUAACCAUUGCUUUCAUCCAAAUAUCAGUAGUGAUGGAGAUAUUUGUUUAGAUAUAUUAAAGGACAAGUGGACAGCCCUUUACGACGUGCGGACAAUCCUUAUAUCGAUUCAAUCACUAUUAGGUGAACCCAAUUUGGACAGUCCUUUAGACGCUUUGGCCGCCGAGAAGUGGGGACACGAAGACUACAAACAAUUAGUUUUACUAAAGUAUCGACAAUCGGUUAACGACUCAAACAAAAACAAAUGA